UUUUGACAUUUAUGAUGUUUAUUUUGGAUGAAUUAUUACUAAAGAGUAGAUUACUCAUCUCAUCAUAGUUUUAUUGACUGUACUUUUGAUGGUGAUCAUACAAAAGUGUUACAAUAUUUUGAAUAAUUUUCGUAAACACCAAUAUGGGCAACUCAAAAGGCGGAAUGGGAGGUACAAACCAAUCUUUGAGAAAUGAUAUCGCUGAAUUUGAAUUCCAUGGUUCCUUUGAAGUAGAAACAUUAAAUGGAUUAUAUCUUAAUGAUAUAUACAUUCCAGAAGAACUCAUUUUGAAUAUACUCAGUUAUGUACCUGCGAAAGAUAUGUUAGCUCUAACAUUGGUUUGUAAGAAAUGGUGCAAUAUUAUCAAAUCGGAAAGUCUUUGGAUGGACAUAUACAAUAGGACACAUUCCAGAAAAGCAAAGAAUAUACCGUGGUAUGUAUAUUAUUGCUACUUUACUACAGACAAUUUCUCCAACUUGAUAAAGAAUGGAAAUGGCCAGGAAGGGUUCAAGCAUUGGAAGAUUAUAAAAAAUUACGGUGAUGAAUUCAAAAUAGAAAACCCACCUAUGGGAUGUGAUCCUUUGCCAUCUGAUGUUCCAGAGUUUUACGGACAAACAGGAUGCUUUGCUACUUCUUUUCAUGAAUGUUUUAAAAUCCAGGAAAUCAGUCUAAUUAAAAAACGUUUACUGAUGUAUAUUAUGGACAAGUUUAUGCCACACCUAUAUGUAAGCGAAUGGAUGGCUGGUAGAUUUGAUUGCGGCUGUACGUAUACUUUGGGUGUACAAGGACACAGCGAAAAAUGCUAUGAUAUUUUGAAUCCUGAUGAAUCAAUGGAACUUCUGAGUGAAAGUGAAAACUCAAGAAUCGAUAAUUGUUUUAAAUCCAAUCGUACAGAAACAAUAGCACAAUGGCAAGGAAGAGAAUGGCAGAAGGUUGAAAUUCUGGUAGAAGGAUAUCCAACCAUGAUACAAUAUCUAUAUUUCGUACAUGAGGGUCGUGAUACUCAGUUCUGGAAGGGUCACUAUGGUAGCAAGAUGGCAGGUGGCGUACUCAGGUUCAUUUUUGAAAGCAUAGAACCUUUAGAAGAUACGGGAGUAACCGCAGCAAGAAGGCUUUAUGAACCACGGUAGUGAAGACAUAGUCAUUCUUAUAUUUUUGUAUCAAUACAGGAAAUCUGUUGUAUGAGCUGUACGAAGUGGUCUGAAAAGUUUCAUACGUA